AUGAUUACGAAACAGUGUACCCUUCCAUCUAAAGCGAACAAACCUGCGGAGUGGAUAGCAUGUGAUAAAGUUGUCGUCCGUGAUCAAGUUCGUUGGCAAUCAAUCACUUCAUCCAAACCAUUUGUAUACCAUCCUAAGACCCUGAAACAAAUUGUGCAUGCUUAUCCUACACUACCCGCUAAAUCGAAUUCUUCAGCUCAUCUUUCAUGUAGUCCCACAAUGAAAGUAGAUAAAGAAGCUCAAACAGAUAAUAAUCAUGCCAUUAUAUUUAAUAUUGAAGAUAUAAUCAGAGCUCAGCGUAAUUUAGCAUCUACCAAUCAAAAUUCGCCACAUCUAUCAUCUUCUGAUGGUACGGAUGACAGUAAAGAGUCACUUCAGAAGGCGUUAAAAUUACAACAGAGAAUUAACGCCGACUUAAAAAACUUAUUGGUAUCUGCUAUGUCUGGUAAUUUAAAUGUGGCUCAACAGCUAAUCGAUUUAAUCAGUAGUAAUGCAUACCUUUGUGGUCAAAGUGAAGGUUUAGCCCAUCAGAAAUCUGUUCUACAAGAAGCCGCCAACACAGCAGAAAUUGUAGCUGAUGUAUGGCAGACAAAAUGUAUUGCUAGUCGUGCUGUAGCGGGUGAAGCAGCUAAACAUGCCACCAUGUCAGUGCAUCAGGCACAUUUAGCUCGACACGCGCUGGCGCAUCUUCUUGGUGAACGUGCACAAAUACGUCGAUAUCUAAGUCAAGCAAUCCCUUUGUUAUCUGAUUAUUGUAAUAAACACGAUAUUAAACUAAAUAAACCGAUUAAUCAGACAUGUAGUACACUAAGCUUGACAUCACUGUGUUUUGAUUUGGCAUUAGCGAUAUCACCGAACGCUAGUAUCCAACCGAUUCAAUGCUCUUCAGAUACAGUUGGUGAAGAGUUGGCUCAAUAUGUUCUGACAAGAGUCAAUAAUAAGAAUAUUCUUAAAUACGAUCGUAUGUUUCCCACCACAUCAACUGCAUUUGAUGCUUCAACAACUGCCCUGUCUACAAUACCUCCUCUGAAAACAACUGAGACUGAUGAUUUACUUUUGAAAACACUUGAAUUAUUUCAGUCUACUGGAAAACGAAAGCAUAAUCUGGAAUUGUUUUCUUGUUCAAAAUGUGUGGGAGAUGUUCUUGUGAUAUGAUUUCAGUUCCAAACAUUUCGCCAAAAAUAUUGGUGAUACUUACCUUUUGAAAAUAACAACUAACCUCCUAAUCUUUUAUAUUUUACUACAGAUUAAUUCUAAAUUAAGACAUUUAGUGUGAAUUUCCCUUUUCAACUAUUUUCUCGUGUUCAUGCCAAGUAUGACAAUUAGGAUCAGCCAUAUCAUUCUCCUGAUUCUUUUGGGCUAUCAAUCAUACUGAAACGCUUGUAUGUCUGCUUGAUGUAUAC